GUUUAAUCGCUCGCUCUCUGCAGCCUAGAAGCAUCAAUAUGGACUUGCACGUCCCACCCUAACCAUACAAAUUUAGCCAGCAAGCGAAAUUUAUUCUCUGAUAUUUUCUUCGUUCCUCUUUCCUCUCUACAUAUACGACCCUUCACGGUUCUGUACCCGAGAACACUACUGCUUCAGUCGUGUCGGAUCAAUAAGAUCAUGGGCGUCUUGGAUCACCUCUCCGAUUUGUGCAGCAUGACAGACACAAAGGCAGCCCUCAAGCUCAGGAAGAGGCGGCCGAUGCAGACGGUAAACAUCAAAGUGAAGAUGGACUGCGAGGGCUGCGAGAGGAGGGUCAAGAACGCCGUCAAGUCGAUUCGGGGUGUUACGGCCGUGUCAGUGAACCCCAAGAUGAGCAAGGUGACGGUGACGGGGUUCGUGGAGCCGAGCAAGGUGCUGGCGCGGGUGAAGAGCACCGGGAAGGUGGCCGAGAUGUGGCCCUACGUGCCGUACUCGCUCACCACCUAUCCCUACGUCGGCGGCGCCUACGACAAGAAGGCGCCGGCGGGCUUCGUCCGUGGCGCGCCGCAGGCCAUGGCCGACCCCGGAGCGCCGGAGGUCCGGUACAUGAACAUGUUCAACGACGAGGACGUCAACUCCUGCGCCAUCAUGUGAUGAUACCGACCCAUCUUGACGAUCUCCACCCUAUCCAGACGGCCAGCCACCCAGAGAUCACGCGGCCUAAGAUACCAUCACAGUCGCAGAAUAGGCUAUUGAUUCUGCAUCCAGCCACGUAAUAUAGUAAAUCUACGCGUGUACGAUUUUGUGUGGCUUGUUCAUGUCAGAUGUAAUUAUAAUUUCAUGGUAAAGGGUAAAGUAAUAUUAUGAGUUUUUCUUCUUC